AUGGCCAAGCUGGUGGAGUGUGUCCCCAACUUCUCGGAGGGAAACAACAAGGAGGUGAUUGAUGCGCUGGGCCAGGCCAUCUCCCGGACGCCGGGCUGCGUGCUGCUGGAUGUGGAUGCCGGAGCCUCCACCAAUCGCACUGUCUACACAUUCGUGGGGCCCCCCGAGGCAGUGGUGGAAGGGGCACUGAGCGCAGCCCGUGUGGCUGGGCAGCUCAUCGACAUGAGCCAGCACACGGGAGAACACCCUCGUAUGGGGGCCCUGGACGUCUGCCCCUUUGUGCCGGUGAUGAAUGUCAGCAUGGAGGAGUGCAUCGCCUGCGCCAACCUCUUUGGGCAGCGCUUGGCAGCAGAGCUGGGGGUGCCUGUGUACCUGUACGGAGAGGCAGCGCGGGAGGAGAGCAGGAGAGCUUUGCCUGCCAUCCGUGCUGGGGAGUACGAGGGGCUCCCCGAGAAGCUUGCAAAACCAGAAUGGGCUCCUGAUUUUGGGCCUCCAGCCUUUGUCCCCCGGUGGGGGGCCACAGUGACUGGCGCUCGGACCUUCCUUAUCGCCUACAAUGUCAAUCUGCUGUGCACCAAGGAGCUGGCUCACCGCAUCGCCCUCAACCUCCGCGAGCAGGGUCGGGGCCCCAACCAGCCUGGGCGCUUGAAGAGGGUACAGGGCAUUGGCUGGUAUUUGGAGGAAGAGAAUAUGGCCCAGGUUUCAACAAACCUUCUGGACUUUGAGACCACACCACUCCACGUCGUCUAUGAGGAGGUUUGCCAAGAUGCAGAGGCACUGAACCUCCCCGUGGUGGGGUCCCAGCUGGUGGGACUUGUCCCCAAGAAGGCCAUGCUGGACACAGCUGAGUUUUACAUCAGGAAGGAAAAACUCUUCAUCCUAGAGGAAGAACAGAAGAUCAGACUGGUGGUCAGCCGGCUGGGCCUGGACUCUCUCUCGCCAUUUCACCCCCGAGAGCGCAUCAUCGAGUACCUGGUGCAGGCGGGAGAGGCAGACGGGGGGCUGGUGGCCAAGCCGCUGGGUGCCUUCGUGCGAGCUGUUGGUGGGAGGUCAGCGACGCCGGGAGGAGGCUCUGUGUCUGCAGCCACGGCUGCCCUGGGAGCAGCGCUGGGCUGCAUGGUGGGGCUGAUGAGCUACGGGAAGCGGCAGUUUGAGGAGCUGGACCCCAUCAUGAGGAAGUUGAUCCCUCCCUUCCACCAGGCCAUGGGUGAGCUAGUGGCGAUGGUAGAUGCUGACUCCCAAGCCUUCAGCAGCUACAUGGAAGCUAUGAAGUUGCCAAAAAGCACCCCUGAAGAGCGGGAGAGGCGUGUGGCUGCCAUGCAGCAGGGGCUGAAGACUGCGGUGAGGGUGCCCUGUGCCCUGGCAGAGAAGGUCAGCGAGCUCUGGCCCGCUCUGAAGGAGCUGGCGUGCCACUGCAACCUGGCCUGCAAAUCCGACAUUCAGGUGGGAGCCAAAAUGCUUGAAACAGCUGUAUUCGGAGCUUACUUCAACGUCAUGAUCAACCUCAAAGACAUAACAGAUGAGAAGUUCAGGCUUGCGAUGUCGCAGAAGGUCUCUGGGCUGCUGGAGGAGGCGAAGGAAGGCUCUGCACUUGUGCUGGCACUGCUGGAGAAGCGAGUGGCCUGA